UUGUGAACUGAGCGGAGGUGAAGAAGAGGAGGAUGAGGCUUGGAGCGGAGGAUGGGAGGAAGAGUGGAGUAGAGACAGGCUCGCUGUGUGUGAAUGAGUGAGUUAGGAAGAGGAGGAGGAGGUCGUCAAAGGGGCCGAAGAAAAGGGGAUACUUCUGGUUCUUUUUUUGGGGGGGGAACCAUCUCCGGAGCUCUACUAAGGGAAACUUUCAACUUCUUUUACCCGCCACAGCUCGGCUUGUGCCCGGCGCCGGCUUUGUUUCGCGGCGGGGGUGUCUGAGAUAAAUGAAGGAAUAAAAGAGAAGCCGUCGAUAUUUUGAACCCAAGCCGGGGGGGCACCCUGGGAUUGAUUUUAAUACCGGUUGCAAGAGGAUGGCGGCUAAUAUGUACCGAGUGGGAGACUACGUUUACUUCGAGAACUCCUCCAGCAACCCGUACCUUAUCCGGAGAAUAGAAGAGCUCAACAAGACGGCCAAUGGGAACGUGGAGGCCAAAGUGGUGUGUCUGUUCAGGAGGCGAGACAUCUCAGGCAACCUCAACACUUUGGCAGACAGCAACGCAAGAGAAUUCGAGGAGGAGUCGAAGCAGCCGCCGCUGGCGGAGCAACAGAAACACCAGCUGAAGCACAGGGAGCUCUUCCUGUCUCGACAGUUCGAGUCUCUACCUGCCACUCAUAUACGGGGGAAAUGUAACGUGACCCUCCUCAAUGAAACCGACGUCCUGGCUGGUUACCUGGAGAAAGAAGACUGUUUCUUCUACUCGCUGGUGUUUGACCCGGUCCAAAAGACGCUGCUGGCAGACCAGGGGGAGAUCCGGGUGGGCUCCAAAUACCAGGCAGAGAUUCCUGACAAACUGGCUGAAGGUGAACCUGACACCCGGGUCCAGGAGAAGAUGGAGACGAAGGUCUGGGACCCGGACAACCAGCUGAAAGACACGCAGAUCGACCAGUUCCUCGUCGUUGCUAGAGCUGUGGGAACAUUUGCGCGCGCCUUGGACUGCAGCAGCUCCAUCCGUCAGCCCAGCCUCCACAUGAGCGCCGCCGCAGCCUCCAGAGACAUCACCCUGUUCCACGCCAUGGACACGUUGCAGAAGAACGGCUACGACCUGGCCAAAGCCAUGUCCACCCUGGUCCCUCAGGGGGGCCCCGUGCUUUGCCGGGACGAGAUGGAGGAGUGGAGCGCCUCGGAGGCCAUGCUGUUCGAGGAAGCUCUGGAGAAAUACGGCAAAGACUUCAACGACAUCCGCCAGGACUUUCUGCCCUGGAAGUCUCUGGCCAGUGUGGUCCAGUUCUACUACAUGUGGAAAACCACCGACCGCUACAUUCAGCAGAAACGACUAAAGGCAGCAGAGGCAGACAGCAAACUCAAGCAGGUCUACAUUCCCACCUACACCAAACCCAACCCCAACCAGAUCAUGAUGCCGGGCAGCAAGCCUGGUCUGAACGGAGCCGCGGGCUUUCAGAAGGGACUGAGCUGUGAGAGCUGCCACACGGCCCAGUCCCCCCAGUGGUACGCCUGGGGUCCUCCGAACAUGCAGUGCCGACUCUGCGCCUCAUGUUGGAUCUACUGGAAGAAAUACGGCGGUCUGAAGACCCCAACUCAGCUAGAAGGAGCGACUAGAGCCGGCUCUGAGGCCGGCCCCCGCGCUCACAUGACCCGCCAGGAGGUCCAGGGCCUUUCGCCGUUCACUCGCAACGAGGGCCGAGCCAAGCUGCUGGCCAAGAACCGCCAGACGUUCAUCCUGCAGACCACCAAGCUGACCCGCAUCGCACGGCGGGUGUGCGAGGACAUCCUGCAGCCGCGGCGUGCUGCGAGGAGACCCUACGCCUCCAUCAACGCCAACGCGGUCAAGGCCGAGUGUAUGAUCCGGCUGCCCAAAGCCACCAAGUCUCCGCUAAAGAGCAAAGUGAUUCCCCGGCAGUCUCUGGCCGCCAUAGUGAAGGAUUUAGCCAUCUCAGCUCCUCUGAAACUGAAGGCCUCCAGAGGUCCUCCGACGCCCAUCAACAGGAACCAGGUCAGCCAGCCACGCGUGGCCCAAAGCCUGCUGGGAAAAAGAGGCUUCGAUGCGGCUACAGGUGUGCCCUACCCGGCCAAUGGCAGGCCGUACACGUCGGGCAUGAGAACCACCUCCCAGUCGGUCAUCAAGCGGCAGAAGGUCAGCCAGGGAGAAGCUCCCAACCCAGUGGUGUUUGUGGCCACGAAGGACACCAGGGCUCUAAGGAAACACCUGACCCAGUCCGAGAUGCGCAGGGCGGCGAGGAAACCCCACCUCCUGGUCCGGAUCAAGCUGCCUCCGCCGCCGCCGCACUCCCUGCCCAUGCCGCUCCUUCCCUCCAGCACCAGCGAACCCAUCGUACUGGAAGACUGAAGCCUCCUCCGAUCCUUCCUGUUUCCUUAUUUCCUUGUUUUCCUCCUUAAACUCGUCUCGUUUAACAGAGUAUUUGUUUUUGUUUUUCUUAUUUAAACAAAGCAGAUCAACAUUCUGUCUCUAUGGGUUUUUACUCUGGAUUCUAAAAAAUUUAAUAUUCCCCGUUUUUAAAUGCUUAAUUUAAUAGUUACUUCUCCCACCCCUAAACGAUGAUGAUGAUGAAGCACAUUUCGAUCUCCUCUCUGCGUCUCCUACGUUCUUGUAAAUAGGUUUCUGCUCUCCUCCAUCUCU